UAAUAAAAAAAAAUGUAUUCAAAAUUAUUCACUCGAUCCAUUAAACAACAGCGUUUUAUGCAAAGAAGAAACUAUGUUGUUGCCAAAAAUGACUUGCGAGCAAAUGACAGUAAGGGUCUUAUCUUUGCUGGUCUAGCAGUUCUUGGUGCUGGUGGUUACUAUUACUACAAGAAAGCAAAUGAAGAUGACAGUAAGUUGAUUGGUUUUUUAUAAGAAUGAUGUUAAUAACAGCAAUAGACCUUCCUCCAGAUUUAAAGAAGAAAGUAAAAAACACGGUCAAUGAUACUACAACCAAUCAUAAAGCACAAGACAACCCUAUGGUUGCCGAAAAAGUUUCAUCUGAUAAAAGCAAGCCAGACUGGGAAUCUAAGCUUGAACAAGGCUCAAAGGAUACCAACAAGGACACCAGUCGCUUAGUCGGAAAGGACACGGACAAGGUGAAAGGUGUUUGGGAAAACAAAGACAAAGAUGAUCAAGUCUCUCGUACGCCUGCCUCUGUGAAUGAACAGAACGAAGGUAGUUCCUUUUGGAAUAACUUGUUGAGCGGUAACAACACCGAGCAAACAAGCGGUGCAUCCAAAACCAAGUUAGAAGCUCAGGAUGACACUACCAAGAAGGGCUCUUUCAGCAGCUGGAUCACGGGCUCAAAUGAAAAACGCCCCAGUACGGGUAACCCCAUGGUAGAUGAAAAGCUUUAUCCGGGCAAGACCAAGACAGAGAAGGACGAACGUAUGGAAGCUUAUGCAAAUGACGUAAUUCAUGAUACAAGCAACCUUGUCGAGAAGGAUACGGACAAGAUUAAGAGUGUUUGGGAAAAGCGAAGCAAGCCUAACAUUACUGACUCUCCUAAUGAAGAAAAGAAGUCUUUCUGGUCAAGUCUCUUUGGUUCGUCUAAAGAAAAGGAAGCCGAUGCUUCUUGGAACAGUGCAAAAGAUAAGUUGAAUGAUGCUAAAGAAGACACAGCCUCCACUGCUCAUCGUGAUGCUCAAAGACUCUCCGGCGCUUGGGGCGACGCCAAGCACGCGGCUUCUGCUGAAUCGGACCGUCUCAAGCAGGAUGCGAAUGCUACCUGGGACCGUGCAAAGGAUAGAGCUUAUGCUGAUGUUAACUCUGUCAAGAAUCAAGCUGAAUCUACGUGGAACCACGCCUCUGCUAAAGCCAACAAUGCAUACGAUUCUGCUCAGGAAGAAAGUGCUCGCUUAAAGCGCGAAGCUAGCGAUGAAUACAAUUAUCAAAAGAAUCGUUUGAGUGGCAGCAUAAACGGUCUUCAUCGAGAAGUCUCUGAAAAUGCCGACCGAUGGAAGGACCAGGCCGAGCACAAGGCCAAGAGCUGGUACGAAAAGGGCACAGAACAAGUCAAGAGUGGGCUCUCUACUGUCAAGGAUACCGCUAGUCAAGAUAUCCAAUGGGCAGAACGCAAGGUUCAAGAUAGCUUAAGCACCGCCAAAGGUGAGGUGGAUCGCUUGUUUGGCAAAAACGAAACAGGUCCUACUGGCUUGCAAGGACACUUUGUCCGUGGCGAAAAUUUUGCUGAAGAAGAAGAAGGUGUAUUGAGACCUACUCGGGAUGAAUUAGGUCGUGUGCCUGCUAGAGUUAUUGUCGAACACGCUCGUGGCUCUGAUAUGUAAAUAUAAUAGUUUAUUGUCUGUAUAAAUAAAAUCAUGUUAUUCUAUUACCGCG